CGGCCACGGCACAGACACACAUUCUCCGACACGCGCGCACACUGGAAGAACCGGCGAGCGGGCGACCGGGUGGGGAGAGGACGUCUGAAGGGGCACCGGCCGGGAGGCGCAGGAUGGAAGAGGAGAUGCAGCCGGCGGAGGAGGGGCCCAGCGUCCCCAAAAUCUACAAGCAGCGCAGCCCCUACAGCGUCCUCAAGACGUUCCCCAGUAAGAGACCGGCGCUGGCCAAGCGCUACGAGAGACCCACCCUGGUGGAGCUGCCGCACGUCCGGGCGCCCCCGCCGCCCCCGCCGCCCUUCGCGCCGCACGCCGCGGUCUCCAUCAGCAGCAGCGAGCCGCCGCCGCAGCAGCAGCAGCAGUUCCAGGCGCAGAGCUCCUACCCCGCCGGGCCCGGCCGAGCCGCCGCCGCCGCCUCCUCGUCGUCGCCGUCCUGUACGCCCGCAGCGUCCCAGGGACACCUGAGGACUCCCGCCCCGCCGCCUGCGUCCCCCGCCGCUUCCUCGUCCUCCUCCUUCGCCGCAGUCGUCAGGUAUGGCCCGGGCCCAGCGGCGGCCGCGGGCAGCAGCAGUGCGGGCAGCGACGGCGGCAGCCUGGAGCUCAGCGCAGAGAGUCGUAUGAUCCUGGAUGCCUUUGCCCAGCAGUGCAGUCGAGUUCUUAGCCUCUUAAAUUGUGGAGGAAAACUGCUGGACUCCAGCCAUUCUCAAUCCAUGAUUUCUUGUGUAAAGCAGGAAAGCUCAAGUUAUAACGAACGACAGGAGCAGUGUCACAUCGGGAAAGGAGUCCACAGUCAGACCUCAGACAAUGUGGACAUAGAGAUGCAAUAUAUGCAAAGGAAACAACAAACUUCUGCCUUUUUGAGGGUUUUCACUGACUCCCUACAAAAUUACCUGCUCUCCGGGAGCUUCCCGACUCCGAACACCUCUUCAGUCAGUGAGUAUGGCCACCUGGCCGACGUGGAUCCUCUGUCAACCUCACCCGUGCACACACUUGGCGGCUGGACGUCCCCAGCGACAUCUGAAUCCCAUGGUCACCCGUCGUCUUCCACGCUUCCGGAGGAGGAGGAGGAGGAGGAGGAGGAAGGUUACUGUCCUCGCUGCCAAGAGCUAGAACAAGAGGUCAUUUCACUGCAACAAGAAAAUGAAGAGCUCAGAAGAAAAUUAGAGAGCAUCCCAGUGCCCUGCCAGACUGUUUUAGAUUACUUGAAGUCAGUUCUACAGCACCACAACCAACUCAUGAUACCUCAGCCAGCUGACCAACCAACUGAGGGAAGCAAGCAGCUGUUGAACAACUAUCCUGUCUACAUAACGAGCAAACAGUGGGACGAGGCUGUAAAUUCUUCAAAGAAAGAUGGGAGACGACUCCUUCGAUACCUCAUCAGAUUUGUUUUCACAACUGAUGAGCUUAAGUACUCAUGCGGCCUUGGGAAAAGGAAAAGGUCAGUGCAGUCAGGAGAGACAGGUCCUGAGAGACGCCCUCUGGAUCCAGUUAAAGUAACAUGCCUCCGAGAAUUCAUUAGGAUGCACUGUACCUCCAACCCCGACUGGUGGAUGCCCUCAGAGGAACAAAUAAACAAAGUGUUCAGCGACGCUGUGGGUCACGCCCGGCAGGGACGGGCAGUGGGUACGUUUCUGCACAACGGCGGCUCAUUUUAUGAAGGGAUCGAUCACCAAGCUUCACAGGAUGAAGUCUUCAAUAAAAAUUCCCAGGAUGGGUCUGGGGAUUAGACACUGUGUCAGCCGGUCCUCUCAAGAGUUCCAAUUGUGAAUGUUCUGUUAACAUCACUUUAGAGUCCAAAGCAUGUCAUACUGUCAUACUUUACACAUCCUAAACCUUAAUUCUCUUGACCUACUGCCACAAUUCCCAAAUCCAAAUCCAUGCCAGGGUCGUUUGGGAAGUCUUUGGAGCCUACAAUAGACUUCUGGAAUAUUAUUUUAUAAAAAGAAAAAGAAACUACAAUUGAUUUUAAAUGAUUACAAGCUAGACAGCAAGGGUGGAAGAAUGAGCUCCUGGUCCCCUGUCCAAAAUCUUUAGGUGAGCUCAGCUUCCUGAGCAAAUCUACUCCCCAAGGAGGAAUGGGUUAGUGUUCUGUCCAUGGGAGAAGGCAGAAACAUGCUGUUAUUUUAAGGGACAAGGAACAAGCAUUCUCCUUAUCCCUUAAAAAAUUGAAUUGUUUUAAUUCAAUUAUGUUGUCUUUAUGUUUUCCAAAGACUUUUGAAUUCAGAGUUCUCAGCUAAGACAUAGGAUAAGUGACAUUGUGUGUUAUCCCAAAAUUGACAAAGUCUGUUAUGAGAAGAGAAACCAGAGAACAGAGGCCACCUCUACAGAUAAUAAUUAAUUGAAAGUCAGCUAUUUUUCUUAGUUAAUUUUUACAAAAAUUCCACUGUGUUGAUCAAGAAUGCGCUAUGUGGUCUCCGGCAUUUACAAACAGUGAUAGUCUUCAUUAUGUCAGUCAAGAAUCAUCCAAAGAUCCAAAACCAUUUUCAAAUGCUUGAUGUCAUAGUUUCAUAGAUCCACAGUUUCCUUACCCUAAAAUCAUGCUUUGUUGACAUAGUGCCAAAGUGAUGGGUUGAACAAUGAGAAUUUCAAUCAGUUAGUUGUUUGGUGCACUCAGAACCAAACAACUGGUGUGUCCAAUGGUAUUCAUUGAAUUGACCAGAUGUUCUGACAUUGUAUACACACAGCUUCAAGCCCAUUCUAAGCACUGUGCAAUGGCUUGUCUGUAAUUUCUCUGAAAGUUGAGAAGCCUUCUGUCCUGAAUUGAUCUUUAGAAUUUACAUAAAACUUCAUGUGCCAUUGUCAUUGAUGAAAACGUUUCACCCCAACUGUUUAUGCUUCUUUCUCCCCAAAAUUCCCCUGACUAAGCUCUGAAUAAGUUAACACUGUACUUAACACUGUACCACUCCCACCCACUCUCCCCUGUGUUUCAUUUGUUGAGCUCUACAUGUUAAUUCCUUAUAAACAAGUGACUUGGAGAUGCUAGAGUAGUUAUGCCUGAGGGCUUCAGGUUUGGAUGUCAGAAAGGCUUCUUUAUAAUCAAACUAGUCAAUAUUACUACAUUCUUUGUAGAGCAAAUGUGCAGCACUUAUUGAUUCAUGUGAUCCAGAAACAUGCUAAAGAGUUUUGAAAAUUGGUUGGAAAGUCAUUUAAAGUUUAUGAGCAUCCAUAUAUAAAUUCUUUUUGCCACUUUUUCGAAGCAAAAUCAUAACUUAUCCUUUCCAUUUAACAAUUAGCACCUACUAUGUAUAUAUAGCAAAGCCCUGUAGCUUUUGCUAUGACUAUUAGCUUUCAUUCAUUGAAAAGCUUAAUGGUUAUGAAGAUGGUCAUUUGUCAGAUCUGUUGUAUGGUAUAGGAAAAACUAGUAUUCCUGCAAACUUGUGGAUUCUUCUUUUACCUUCAGUUUCCAAUCGCCAUCUUGCCCUGGGUCAUGCUGGUUUUUACUGAGGGUAACGAGAGCACUUUCCACACUCCUUUCCUUAGCCGUAAGUCGUGCUUAAGGAUGAAGUCCUUGCACCACUGCUUUGGCUGCAAUUAUCACAGCUCUGCCUCCCAAGCUGUAUGGUUGCACACCACCUUUGCUCCAAAGGCCCCUUGGUCCCUUCCGCACCCUCCCUCUCCUAUUCCAGAUGAGUUAUUUCUCUAUCAGCUAUUUUCCAGUACUCCACAAAUUCCAAAAUGUUGGAACAUGUUAGCAUCCCUUUUGCACACAAGGAAGCUAAUGCCCAGAAAGAUGAACUGCUGUACUCAGCAUCACACAAGCAGUUUUAAUGCCUCUCCUGAGCCUAGGACUUCAAAUCUCCUGCACUCCAGUAAGAUGUGUUUGUUCCAUUACACAUUUCCCUGUUUGUGCAAUUGCUGUAUUCUUCUAACUUAGUUCACUACCUGACCCAGGUGCUAACAGCCACUUAGGCUGUAUAAUAGCAUAUAUUUAAAUAUUCUGCUGCCACCUCUCCUUAAUACGUGUCCUGUUCUGCCUGCCCUUUGAGCCUCACUUUUAAGGCUGGUAUGUUACCUUCCAUGGCUGACAAAAAUUGUUCAUUUAUUUUUUGUUAUGAACAGUGUGGCUUCUAUGUAGCAAGGUUAAAAAUCUCACCACUAAGAAAACUGGAUGCUUUCAUUGCUUUGUCAGCCCUGAAGAUGUUACUUAUUUUCUUGACUUUAUUUUCUACAUCUUUGGCAGCUGGACAAACUGCUUGUCAUGACAAAAAAAUUAGUCUCAUGUCAGUUUUCAGAAUCCUCCUUGAGUCUGUUUGGUGUUGGUACAAAAUAGACUAAGUUAUAAAAUGAGCUAGGAUGCAGCUAUGCUCAACUCCAUUGGUGAGAGAAGGAAGUCACAGGGCUGACCUGACGCCAAAGACUAAACUUACCGUUUUUGUCAGAGACUAGGUAUGAUCCAUGAUUCCAGCUAGCAGAGGCAUCUGUAACACCAACAGUGAUGAUGUCUUGAUGUCCUGUGUUUUCCCAAAUGUAAGCCCAGGUCACAAAAACCAUGUCUGCUCUUCACAGUGAACUAAGCCUCAAGCACACUUCCAGCCAGACUCAGGAUAACUCUUCACUGAUCUCUGUAAUAGGAGGACUUAGGCCAGGAACUUGAAGAGGGAAGCAGUAUUCUUUAGGCAGUAGCUAAAAUCACAUUCUCACUGUCUCUUUUGAAGGCUUAUUGUUCAGAAUCUCAUAAGUUGCCCUCAGUCUUAAAUGCUUUGGAGAAAAACAGUGUAGACAUUUAAGAUUGUAUCUUCCCCCUUUGACUUGAAAAUAUUUCAUCAAGCCCCUGAGCUUGGAUAUCACUCUCUCAGGAUUCCUCGUUUCCACCACACCAUUUGUGUUCCAUAGGCUUCACAAGAAAUGAAGAGGAUAAUAUCCAUUAGGCAUCUGCAGAAAAUUGUUGCCAUCUCCUUUGGUAGGGAAAUUCAGAGAUAAAUAUAGAUGUUUCAAAGCAGUCGAACAACUGGGUGAUUUUAUAUUCUAGAUCUUUUCUUAUCCUUUUAUCAGUCAUAAACACAGUAACAUAAGAGAUUCCUUCAUCAGGAUUCUAAGAUAUAAAUUAUAAUAAUGUAUUAUUUGAUCCAGCUAGUCCAUCUGGUAUCAACUAACAAUGACAGGUUGAUGUUUCCCCAAAUGUAGACAAUAACCCAAACUUAGAAAUCUACAAGUUCAUUAUCCCUGCAUUUCCCUGCCUCCUCUAAUGACUUGUGCCUCCCUUCCAUUGAUAUCAGAAAAUACUUACAUGAUGGAGCAUCAUGUAAAAUGAAACAUGCACUAUUUUCAGAAAAACAUUCUUUGCCCUCAUAUAGAUUCUAGCUCAUUCAAUAUAUGCUCUAGAACCUAAAACGUAUACCCAUUAACUACCUCCUUUGUUUCUUCUUAGAUUUUUAUUGUUAAAAAUCUCAUUCUUGGGUAACUUAAUAUAUAAAAGAGAUUUAAAUGUAUAACUUUUUCCUCAAGUCAGUGCUAUGUCAUUUCAUAGUAGAGAUCUGUGUUCAUUCUUGACAGUUUUUAUAUUCAGAUUCUUAGAAAUGUAAUAGAAAAUGAUUUUGCACAUAUGGUGUAAGUCUUGCUGGUGUAUGUUUAAUGUGGUGACACUUGCCAAAACUGCUUGGCAAAACAUGUCAAAUAGGAUGCUUAAGUCAGAACUCUUAAUGUAAAUGUGUCUUAGCAGUAUGUAUCAUUAUGAUAUAUUUUUGUAAACAUUGUGAUGGCUUCUUUCAGUCCUUGUAAGUCCUGGAUAAAAAUAACCUCUCCACUUGGAAUAAUGUAAGAAAAUGUCACCCAACUGAUGGCCCUCUGCAAAGUUACUGAAUUGUCAGCCGAUGGCACUGGUUCUUUUAUUUGUGUUGUUUUUCAGAGGACAGUGAAGAAUUGACAUCAGAGGACAACACAGAGUGCAAAAAUAACAACCCUUCAGUACUCGUCUUCAAAUGUGUAAUAUUCAAAACUGUAACUGACAUAUUUACACAUUAGAGACCACUCUUAUCCUCCACAGUAUAUUCUAUUGCAAAAAACAUUGACGGGACUGGACAUUGCUCAUCCAGUGACCAUCUUGGUCAGUUUGACUGCUAAAAGCACUAAAUUACGAGAUCUUUGAGGUAACAGUGACCAAAUUAAUUUUCCUUUUGACCAUACAUGGCUGGUUAAUAUAAGGGCUAUGUUUUCAUUGACUCACAGUUCCCCAAAUUGCAAUGAAAAUACAUCUACUAAUUAAUAAGACUCAUUUGAAAACUGGUUCAUUUUCAAAAUAAUUGUACUAGUUCAAGUGGCCAGAUGGACUUGGCCAUGCUGGAAAACUGUUUAGGCCCAUCCAAACCCAUUAACAACAAUAGCAACUAUAGCUGAUAUUGUUUGGGUUUUUGAGUGUCAGGUAAUUUGCUCAGCACUUUAAUGCAUCUCUGAUUUUAAUCCUCACACAAUCCUAUGAGGUUGUCACUGUUAAUAUCCCCAUUUAACAGAUAAGAAAACUGCCCAAGGUACUUAGCUAGUAAGAGGCUUGCUUUGGGCUUAGUAAACAGAAUGACUAGUUCAGUUUUUCCCAUUUGUCCUAGUGAAGUUCUCAAAGCCCACUAAUACUUUGGAAUGGAUUUGUUGUUUUAUUUGUGCCGUCGAGGGAAAGUUGAUAUUUGAGUUAUUAAAAAAAAAAUUAAAUUAUACUGACAUUUCAGUAGGAGUUUAUAAACCGUAUAUCCUCUGGGAACUGCCCAGGUUUCUGCAUAAGACUUGACCUUUGUAAGAUCUUAUGAUAAAGACCAGAAUUAUUUUUUUAAGUGGGUAAAGUCAUAAAUUUGUUCACAUUUCAUAGGUUCCUAGUACAAAAACGCAGGGAUAUAAAAACAAAAAUUUGAACUCAGUGAAGUGAUGGUCUUUGGGAAUUCCUAGAGAUUAGGAAUGGCACCGGGUAGGAAUUAGACAAUAUUUCAUUCACUUUUCACAUUUGCCGACUUUGUAUUCUUAGAAUUGAUGAGUCUGGUUUGGAAGAGAGGGUUUUCAUUUAUGAUGUCACUGUGAGAACUGGUUGUGAAGAUUUUGUAACAAAAUAUAGUAAUCCUUUCUGUUGAUCCUUUUCUGUAGUGUUGGCUUUAACAUCCCUUUGGCUGUGCUUAAGUUCAAGAGCAUGCCAAGGCCAUGGGGGUCCUAGCUCAGGCUUCUUGGGAACAGGGCCUGCCAGGCCAAAAGGUGGGGCAUGAAACUUUCUAACGGUCACUGGUCCAGCCUGACCCUGCCCAAUUAAGGAAUUGCCUUUAUGCCUCUCCUCUCUGGAACUUCAUGUAGCAGCCUAACACUGGGGCCAACUUGCCUUUACUCUCUUUUCUAUGAUGAAUACUUGUGGAGAAACUGUGACAAAUCCAUUGAUCCUAAUAUUUUUAUUGUUGGAGUCUUGUUGCUUCUUUAUGAAUAAUUUCUACUUGAUUGUACUAUGUAGAGUUAAUACCCACUAGGGAUACGCUAAUAAAAGUACAAACUCAUAGUGUAAUAUAGAAUAGCAAGAUUUUUUGUGAACAAUUUAUAUAGAAGAGUAAGUUGUUUUUUAAGUGUUAGGCACAUUUCUUUUAGGAACUUAAAAUGUUAUAAGAGUUUUUUAAACAUUCAAUAUUUUUAAUUAUAAGAGACAUUUGUUACUAGAGCCAAUUAUUUCAGGUGUUCUAAUUGGAGUAUUGAUUUUAUUACCUCAUAUACCUCUAGAAUGCCACAUGUUCUGUUGGGGAUAAAAUUGCACAAUA